AUGGCUAGAUCACUUCGUCGCAAUAGCUUCGUGCACGACUUUAUCGACCGAUUGCAAAAGGCCCCGAAACCUCUGGAUACGUCUCGUGCCUACCAUUCUGAUGAGUUACCCAGCUACAACUAUACCGACAGUCUAGAGUUAGGCCGACUGGUGACUACAAGUCGCGUUCGAAGCUUCCGAGUUGGUACCGGUGCCUCGAUCUACACCUCAACCCUGCUUCCCGCCAUCUUGAGAGCACACCACGAAGCAAUCAUCGUAACUUGCUUCUGGGCACCGUCCAAAACGCUCGACGCACUCCGUGAGACACUUGAAGCCCUCACAGCCCACCGCCGCCGCAUCGUCGAUGAGGGUGCUGGCAGCCUACCCACCCUCCGAAUUCGCAUCUGCCUGUCGUCCCGCUCGUUGCUGCAGAAACUCCUACACACGUCUUCCCGAGAUGGCUACAUAUACCCUCCUUCGACCUGGGAGAAGCAACUUGGCCUGCUCAGUGAGGAGAAGCUCCGGGCCGCCCGCAUUGAGCUACACGUCAAGAGUCUCUUCUUCUUGCCCUUCAGCGUCAUGCAUCCCAAGUUUGUCGUGAUCGACCGCCGACGUGCCUUUAUGCCUAGUUGCAAUGUUUCUUGGGAACCGUGGCUCGAGGGUUGCGUCGAGUUUGAGGGCGAUGCCGUCGACGCCCUUAUGGCGUUCUACCAGAGGACUUGGGAGCCGGAUAUGGAUGUGACUUUGCCGCUACCGCUCUUGCAUGAUGAGGAUCUGGACGAGGCCAUCUUCAAUCCCGCAAUCGAAGCCCCGGUGCUUCCCAUGGUCCCCAGCACUGCAUCGUACACCGUAUCAUUUGUCACAGGCCACGAGCGAUCCCCGCCGCUGGUGGUCGCCGGCGGCCAUGAAGCGACAGCCACGCUAGAAAACACGAUACAGACCACCAUCCUGCCUUCAUCCCAUCAUAGAAACCCCCGGUUUCGCUUCUUGCCCUGGCAAGCACACGCGCCAGCUCCCGCCACACCACUCAACACGGCAGUCAUGCAACUGAUGGAUCACGCUCAACGAGAGAUAUACGUCCAGACUCCAAACGUCACAGCACCGUGCGUGAUGGAUGGCCUUCUUGCAGCGCUUCAGCGCGGUGUCCAUGUGAAAAUAGUGACAGGCCGCAACAUGAUGAUGAUGGAGCAGAUCGUGACGGCAGGCACCACGACCGCCAUAUGCAUACGCUCUUUUAUCAGGCGUUACGAAGACAUGAGGGAGGCGGCGAUGGCUCCCCCCGGGUCGCGCCAUUCGCUGCUGUCUAGUUGGAGUCGCCCACCAAGCAGGAGUUAUGGGGCCGGCAACAGUGGAGAGCCAAUUCAGGCCUUGUCAAGCCUCCCGCCCCCUGUAGGAAGAUUGCAGAUCUCGUAUUUCUGCAGCUUGAACCCAGGGUCCAAGGAAACGGGCAAAGGCAAAGGUGGUCGCCAUGGUCGGCGAAGACCGUCAGACCUGGAAGAGGUUCUGGACGAAGUAGCCGAGGAUCCGGUCUGCCCGCACAUCAAGCUCAUGAUUGUGGAUGGGAGAUACACACUACUCGGGUCCGGCAACAUGGACCGCGCUAGCUUCUACACCAGCCAAGAAUUAGGGGUUCUCUUCCACAGCGAGGCGUUCGCUUCGCCUGUUCAAGGGGUCAUGGAUCGAUGUCUGGAGGGGCGUCUGGAGAAAGUAUACGACUCGGAUCAAUGA